UUCGAGCCGCAUCACGCAUCGCUCCAUGAAAAAGUAGUCCCAUCGGAAUGCGCUUCCCUGCCUUCCUCCGCGCCUCAUUAAACCGUUUGUUCUGCGUCUCCUCCGCGCUGUGAUCUCAGACAGAGAAAGAGAGACGCGAAUGCGAUGAAACGCAACAAUAGCGAGCAGAAGAGCCGAGAAAGCGCGACGGAGGAGGCGCGGGGAAAGGGGGAAGGGUUUGGAAACGACCGGGCAUUUUUCCUGUGAGCGGAAGGAGACGGACGGCAAGAUGUCGCGGUCACACUGAAGCGCAGAAACACAGAAACAAUCAAAUCGAUGAAAAAGCGCCGCGGAGCUUCAGCGCGAGGAAUCCGAAUCACAGACACACGCAGCCGGAGCGAUGCGAGCGAAGCGGCGCGGCUGAGCGUCGAAGAUGGGUGCCGUGCUACAGAGUCUCUUACUGUGUACUUUGUGUUUGCAGAUACGCGGCCUGCCGCUCCUGUUGUACGCGAACCGGAGGGACUUGCGGCUGGUGGACGCGGCUCAGGGCAGAGGGAACGCCACGGUGGUCAUCGGCGGCCUGGAGGACGCGGCGGCGGUGGACUACGUGUACGAGCAGGGACUGAUUUACUGGAGCGACGUGAGCGAGGAGGCCAUCAAACGGACGCUGUUUAACGGCUCGGGGCCCAGCAGGCUGCAGACCACGGUCGUGUCCGGUCUGGCCUCGCCGGACGGCCUGGCCUGUGACUGGAUGGGCAACAAGCUGUACUGGACCGACUCGGAGACCAACCGGAUAGAGGUGGCCGAGCUGGACGGGACGCUGAGGAAGGUGUUGUUCUGGCAGGAUCUGGACCAGCCGAGAGCCGUCGCUCUGGACCCGGGCCGAGGGUACAUGUAUUGGACGGAUUGGGGUGAGAUCCCGAAGAUCGAGCGAGCGGGGAUGGACGGCACCCAUCGCUCGGUCAUCAUCGACUCGGAGAUCCACUGGCCCAACGGACUGACCCUCGACUACAGCCAGCAGAAACUGUACUGGGCGGACGCCAAGUUUAACUUCAUCCACCGCUCCAACCUGGACGGCUCGGGGAGGGAGGUGGUGGUGAAGGGCUCUCUGCCGCACCCGUUUGCGCUGACGCUGUACGAGGACACACUCUUCUGGACGGACUGGAACACACACUCCAUCCACGCCUGCAUCAAACACACGGGAGAGAACAGCCAUGAGAUACACACCAACAUCUUCUCACCCAUGGAUAUACACGUCUACAGCCAGAAGCGCCAACCCGUGGAGGUGACGAGUCCCUGUGUGCUGAAGAAUGGAGGAUGUUCUCAUCUGUGUUUGCUGUCUCCGGUCAAACCCUAUUACCAGUGCGCCUGUCCAACCGGUGUCCAGCUGCUGGACGACAACAAGACCUGCAGAGACGGUGCCACUCAGCUGCUGCUUCUGGCGCGGCGCACAGACCUGCGGCGGAUCUCUCUGGACACGCCGGACUUCACUGACAUUGUUCUGCAGACCGAAGACAUCCGGCACGCCAUCGCCAUCGACUUCGACCCGGUGGAGGGACACAUCUACUGGACCGACGACGAGGUGCAGGCCAUCCGCAGGUCGUCUGUGGACGGCAGCGAUGCUCAGUUCGUGGUCACCUCUCAGGUCAAUCAUCCGGACGGGAUCGCCGUGGACUGGAUCGCUCGGAACCUGUACUGGACCGACACCGGCACGGACCGGAUCGAGGUGACGCGGCUCAACGGCACCAUGAGGAAGAUCCUGGUCUCGGAGGAGCUGGACGAGCCCAGGGCCAUCGCUCUGGAUCCGGUCUCGGGGUACAUGUACUGGACGGACUGGGGCGAGGUGCCGAAGAUCGAGCGGGCGGCUCUGGACGGGACGGAGCGGCUGGUGCUGGUCAACACGUCUCUGGGCUGGCCCAACGGCCUGGCGCUGGACUACAGCGAGAGGAAGAUCUACUGGGGAGACGCCAAGACCGACGUCAUCGAGGUGAUGGAGAUGGACGGCUCGGGCCGGAGGGUGUUGGUGGAUGAUAAUCUUCCUCACAUCUUCGGCUUCACGCUGCUGGGAGACUACAUCUACUGGACAGACUGGCAGCGGCGCAGCAUCGAGCGCAUUCACAAGCGCAGCCUGGAGCGUGAGGUCAUCGUCGACCAGCUGCCAGACCUCAUGGGAAUCAAGGCCACAUACGUCCACCAGACCUUCGGCACCAACCCGUGUGCGCUGGCUAACGGCGGCUGCAGUCACCUGUGUCUGUACAAGCCGCAGGGCGUGUCGUGCGCGUGUCCCAUCGGUCUGGAGCUCAUGGCUGAUCUGAGCACCUGCAUCGUCCCCGAGGCCUUCCUGCUGUUCUCCCGCCACACAGACAUCAGGCGCAUCUCGCUGGAGACCAACAACAACAACGUGGCCAUUCCUCUGACCGGCGUCAAGGAGGCGUCCGCACUCGACUUCGACGUCACCGACAACCGCAUCUACUGGACCGAUAUCACACUGAAGACCAUCAGCCGGGCGUUCAUGAACGGAAGCGCUCUGGAGCACGUGGUGGAGUUCGGUCUGGACUAUCCUGAGGGCAUGGCCGUGGACUGGCUGGGAAAGAACCUGUACUGGGCCGACACCGGCACCAACCGCAUCGAGGUGGCCAAACUGGACGGGCAGCACAGACAGGUGCUAGUGUGGAAGGAUCUGGACAGUCCUCGAGCGCUGGCCCUGGACCCGGCCGAAGGCUUCAUGUACUGGACAGAGUGGGGUGGACGGCCGAAGAUUGACCGCUCUGCUAUGGACGGGUCUGGACGCAUCACUCUAGUGCCAAACGUGGGCCGUGCGAACGGACUGACCAUCGACUACGCUGAGCGCCGGCUGUACUGGACAGACCUGGACACCACUCUGAUCGAGUCCUCCAACAUGCUGGGUCUGGAGCGUGAGGUCAUCGCUGAUGAUCUUCCGCAUCCGUUCGGACUCACGCAGUACCAGGACUACAUCUACUGGACCGACUGGAGCCAGCGCAGCAUCGAGCGAGCCAACAAGACCAGCGGACAGAACCGCACCGUCAUACAGGGACACCUGGACUACGUCAUGGACAUCCUGGUGUUCCACUCGUCCAGACAGGGCGGCUGGAACGCCUGCGCAUCCACCAACGGUCACUGCUCUCACCUGUGUCUGGCUGUUCCUGUCAGCAGCUUCGUUUGUGGCUGCCCUGCCCACUACUCCCUGAACUACGACAACAAGACCUGCAGCGCGCCCACAUCCUUCCUGCUGUUCAGUCAGAAGACGGCCAUCAACCGCAUGGUCAUAGACGAGCUGCAGAGCCCCGACAUCAUCCUGCCCAUCCACAGCCUCCGGAACGUGCGAGCCAUCGACUACGACCCGCUCGACCGCCACCUGUACUGGAUCGACUCCAAGCAGAACGCCAUCCGCCGCGCGCUGGAGGACGGAAACCAGAGCGUGACGGUGGUGUCCGGCGCAGUGGGCGGCCCCAACCUCGGCCUGCAGCCCUACGACCUCAGCAUCGACGUCUACAGCCGCUUCAUCUACUGGACCAGCGAAGUGACCAACGUCAUCAACGUGACGCGAACCGACGGCUCUCGAGUCGGAGUGGUGCUCCGCGGAGAACACGACAAACCCCGCGCCAUCGUGGUCAAUCCUGAGAGAGGGUACAUGUACUUCACCAAUCUGCAGGAGCGCUCUCCGAAGAUCGAGCGGGCCGCUCUGGACGGGACGGAGCGCGAGGUUCUGUUCUUCAGUAAUCUGGGCAAGCCGGUCGCUCUGGCCGUCGACAACGAGCUGGGAAAACUCUUCUGGGUGGACAUGGACCUGAGACGCAACGAGAGCAGCGACCUGUCCGGAGCCAAUCGGAUCGUGAUCGAGGACUCCAACAUCCUGCAGCCGGUGGGUCUGACGGUGUUCGGGAACUUCCUGUACUGGAUCGACCGGCAGCAGCAGAUGAUCGAGCGCAUCGACAAGGUCACGCGUGAGGGACGCACCAAGAUCCAGGCUCGCAUCGCCUCGCUGAGCGACAUCCACGCCGUCCACGAGCUCCACAUCGACGAGUACAAUAAACACCCCUGCACGUCUGAUAACGGUGGCUGCUCACACAUCUGCAUCGUGAAGGGAGACGGAACGACACGCUGCUCAUGUCCUGUUCACCUGGUGCUGCUGCAGGACGAGCUCUCCUGUGGAGAGCCGCCCACGUGUUCCCCGGAACAGUUCUCCUGUGCGUCCGGCGAGGUGGACUGCAUCCCGCAGGCCUGGCGCUGCGACGGUUUCGCCGAGUGUGAUGACAGCAGCGACGAGCGGGACUGUCCCGUCUGCUCCGACGAGGAGUUCCAGUGCGACAGCAAGCAGUGCGUGGACAUCUCUCUGCGCUGCAACGGAGAAAUCAACUGCCAGGACCGCUCCGACGAGAACAAGUGUGAAGUCAGCUGUCCCAUGGAUCAGUUCACCUGUGCCAAUGGGCAGUGCAUCGGGCGACACAAGAAAUGUGAUCACAACAUGGACUGUGCAGACAACUCUGAUGAGAUCGGCUGCUACGCCACAGAAGAGCCGUCCUUUCCUCCGACCAACACCAUCGGCUCGAUCGUGGGGGUGGUGAUGGUGCUGUUCGUGGUCGGAGCGGUGUACUUCGUGUGCCAGCGUGUGCUCUGUCCUCAGAUGAAGGACGACGGCGAGACCAUGACCAAUGACUUUGUGGUUCACGGGCCGUCGUCGGUGCCGCUGGGAUACGUGCCUCACCCCGGCUCUCUGAGCGGAUCCCUGCCCGGCAUGUCUCGAGGGAAAUCGGUCAUCGGCUCGCUGAGCAUCAUGGGAGGCAGCAGCGGGCCGCCGUAUGACCGUGCCCAUGUGACCGGGGCCUCGUCCAGCAGUUCGUCCAGCACCAAGGGCCCUUACUUCCCUCCGAUCCUGAAUCCUCCUCCGUCUCCCGCCACAGUGAGGUCUCAGUACACGAUGGAGUUCGGAUACUCGUCGAACAGCCCGUCAACGCACCGAUCGUACAGGCCGUACAGUUACCGUCACUUUGCCCCCCCGACGACGCCCUGCAGCACAGACGUGUGCGACAGCGACUACACGCCGGGCCGAAGGGCUCCGCACGCAUCCAGUGCCGCCGUCAAGGGCUACACCAGCGACCUGAACUACGACUCGGAGCCGCUGCCGCCUCCGCCCACGCCCCGGAGCCAGUACCUGUCAGCAGAGGAGAACUGUGAGAGCUGCCCGCCCUCACCCUUCACCGAGCGCAGCUACUCGCACCACCUGUACCCGCCUCCGCCCUCGCCCUGCACGGACUCGUCCUGAGCCCCGCCCACUGCAGCGUAAGCCCCGCCCUGCACGGACUCGUCCUGAGCCCCGCCUACUGCAGAAUAAGCCCCGCCCACCUCACGUAGACUUGUCCUCAACCCACUGUAAGCCCUAUACCUUAUCCUUAGCCCCACCCACCACUGCGCAAACCCGGCCCAUCCCACUGUAAAAAAAAAAAAAAAAAAAAAAAAAUUCCUUGGUUUUCUCGUAUAAUCAUCUAAAAUAUCUUAAAGCAAGGUGCAUUUACGUAACUUAAUAUUUUAAACCUAUACAUUUUGAUCUUUUUUUCAGGAAACAAGUCUGAAAAUCUUAAACCAAUUUACUUGUAAAAGAGUUUUUAGAUGUUUAUACUAUAAAACAAGACAGACAUACCAAGAAAACAAUUUUUUGCUGUGUGAGCCCCGCCCACCGCUGCAUAAGCCCCUCCCAUGGCCUCCGUGUACAUAUCCGACGGCACAAUGAUUCUGACUGGGUCUGGCGGCUCUCUGUACAUUUAAAAGAAAAAGAAAACAUAUUUAUAUAUUUUCUAUACAGUGUUUAUUGGUUAUGCCAUAGAGCUUUGUAUUAAAAGAAAUUUGUAAAAACAUUUUUUUUUUUUUUUUUUUUUUUUUAAAGAGAAAACUUUAUUAAAUCCACACAGACGUGAUAUGUUGCCUUAAUCCAGGAGUGUAGAAUCAAACGCGUUCAUGCCAAAUAGAUGGAGACGCCCGUCGCCCCCUGCAGGCUCGGAGCAGCAGCACACUGUGACACUCAAUGAGCCGCCAAACAAGAUGCUACUCCUAUUUUUCUACUAUUUUUCUAUUGGAGACGUCACGGAUGUACGCUCCUCUGCGUGACGAACUCCACGGCGCUUUAGGAAACGGGCGGGAAGUGACGCGAUCCGAAGCGGUCGAGCGAAAGCUUCCCGCCGCACGGCUCACAAUCACCAACCACUUCUCGUGCCUGACCCUUUUUUUUACAAGACGCUUGGAACCAUUUUUCACUUUUUUUUAAAAUCUCAGUGCCCACAAAAGGUCAAUUAUUUUUGUACCAUAUACUGUGUAGAUACUGUAUUUAUAAGCUAUAAAGAAGAAUCUUCAUCUUCAUCAUCAUCAUCUUCAUCAUCAUCAUGUCCUUGCAGUGCUGCUGUUGUCCUGUUACGCCCCGCCUGUGUGUGUGUGUGUGUGUGUGUGACCUGAGACAAUCUGUGUGUGUGUGUGUGUGUGUGUGUGUGUGUGUGUGUGUGCGCAUGUGCACGUAGGGACUCUUGAAGUUCCUCUAGUUUCUCCAGCAGUUUAGUUUCCCAUAAUGCAUCUGUUUCUGUGUUUUGUAGCACUUCUUCUUGAGCUUUUAUAAAGGGAAACUCACCAGCACAAACGUCCUGUAUUACCCAGCAUGCACCAGGAUGCGUCAGUCGUGUGCUGCUCUCAUUGGGCCGGUGAGGUUGUGUUGGUUUGUGUCACACACUGCCUUCAGAUCGUUCUUGUUCUCGUCAGCAGCUUCGGUACAAUCAGCUUUUCCAAAUCUCUCCGCAUCCCAAACCUUUAAUGGCCUGAUCUGCAAGGGCUUCUGGGUAACGCCAUGUUUUUAGUUGCUUUAUGAUUCUGCUCACACCAGCGUUUCCGUUUUCUUAACUGCACUUUACAGGAUGGAUUCAGUGUGUGUGUGUGUGUGUGUGUGUGUGUGUGAGAGAGUGUGUGUGAGAGAGAGUGUGUGUGAGAGAGAGUGUGUGUGAGUGAUUGUGUGUGUGUGUGUGUGUGUGUGAGGGUCAGUGUACAGGAAGCAGCCGAUGGUCACCGGCAGUAAGACUCAUCAGUUGAGUGUUUGUCGGCUCAGUUUGACCUCUGACCUCUGACCUGGUGUGUAAGGGGUCACGGGUCCAGCGGGGAAAAUGUCUUAAGCACUUUGAAAGAGUGAGCCGGAUUAAUUCACUACAGAAUCGCUUUAAAUGUUUCGUUUUCAUGAUGGGUUUGUUUUGGUCAUUAUGUGCGGUUUUGUUUUGAUUCCCAUGGUGCUUUGCAAGGAUGUGUUCAAAGGUGACCAACAUUUGGUUUCUCAUCAGUCAUGAAAGUUCCACUAACUCAAGUUUUAGUUUAUUGAUGCUUUACAUGUAAAACAUUGUAUAAAAAUGGAUGUGUACAGCUCAUUCAGUUGCGUCUAUAAGCUGUUGUAACAAAUGAAAUGAUCUUUUUUUAAUAAAACUGAGUGAACUUUUCAAGUUCAAGAACUCUUCUUAAUAAUUCAUCAGGGCUUGAAGUUUUCCGCGCCGGCUCUCGGGUGUCUCUGCAGCAUUU